AUGAGUCAGAAACGUUUUGAAGAAAUCCGACGCUAUCUUCAUUUUAAUGACAAUAAUGCUGCAUUACCCAAAGAACAUCCUGAUCAUGAUAGAGUUUUUAAAAUAAGACCAUUAGUAGAUUUUUUAAAUGCUAAAUUUUCAAGCAUACCCCUUGAACGAGAUCUCUCUAUUGAUGAGCAGCUUUGGUUUUCUUAUAAAUUCGAACUCUAUACCGGCCAAGAAAACCAAGAUAAAUAUAGACUUAUUGAUGAACCAGAUUUGAUGGCUAGUGCCAAUGCCGUGGUACGAUUAUCAAGGAUUACACCGGAAAAUAAUAACUAUAGACUGUAUUUCGAUAAUUAUUAUACCACUAUACCUUUAAUAUCUUACAUGGCUAGUAAAGGUAUACAGACAUUAGGAACUGUACGUAGAAAUAGGUUACCUAACUGUAAAUUUCCCUCUGAUAAAAUUUUAAACAAACAGCCUCGUGGUACAGCUUAUGAAUAUAUAACCGUUUUUAAUGAUACUCCCAUUACAUCUGUUGUAUGGAAAGAUAAUAAAAUUGUAUCUCUUCUUUCAUCAUAUUGUGGAAUACAACCAAUUGAUACAAUUAAUCGAUUCGAUAAAAAGUCUAAAAGGGUUAUUAAAAUUGACUGCCCUAAUAUUAUAAAAGAAUAUAAUAGACACAUGGGGGGUGUUGAUCUAUUAGAUUCACUGAUAGGAAGAUAUAAAAUCAAAAUGAGGUCAAAAAAGUGGUAUAUUAGAAUUUGGUAUCACCUAAUAGACGUUGCCAUAGUAAAUGCAUGGAUACUUUAUAGAAGAGUUGAAAUGGAACAUGGUAGAAAAGCAACUAUUUCUUUAUUUGAUUUUAGAGUUGAAGUAGCCGCAAGCCUUACAAAAGUAGGAGAGGUAAUUACACCAAAACGUGGACGUCCAUCAUCAGCAUCAUCUUCACAGUUAUUAGAAAAAGAGAUAGAACUUAAAAGAAAGAAACCCCAUCAUAAUACAAUGCCACCCAAAAAUAAAUCAUUCAUACAUUUACGUUUUAAGAAUGCACUCGAUUUGAUGCCGUUCAAUCCAGCUGAAUUUAAGAUUGUUAUUGAGGCUGACAGAAAACCAUAA